UCUGAUCUACAGUCGACUCGUGUUUUUAGCAAAAAGAUUUUCUUGCUUGUUAUUGCCUUUCAUCCAGCCUAUCAAGAUGUUCACGUGGUCUCAGGCCGUUGUGAAAUACUACAAAUACUACAAAGACCUUGAAGAAAACAUGAAAAAUCUCAACAACAUUUUGGAAGACCUAAUGACCCAACAGGAAGAUAUAGAACAAAGAUUAAAAGAUAAAAAGGUUCCUGAACAGGAAGCUAGGGACUGGCUAGAAGAAGUUGAGAAGAUCAAAAGUGAUGUACAAACUAUUGAGCAAAAGGUUGGAGAAAAGAAAUAUCUCUCACGUGUUUGUCUUGGUAAACAUGUUGACGAGAAAACUACAAAAGCCAAAGAACUGGUCAAGAAAGGCUGUCACUAUGAAUCCCCUGAGAAAAUUUUCAAGUAUGCUAUUCUUGGUGGUGGCGUUUCCGCCGGUUACGCGGCAAGAGAGUUCAGGAGGCAAGGGCUGAAACGAGGAGAACUCGCCAUUGUUUCGAGAGAAGCGGCGGCGCCUUAUGAACGUCCCGCGCUCAGCAAGGCGUAUCUGUUCCAAAAGAGGCCCUCAAGGCUUCCUGAUUUCCAUGUAUGUGUUGGAAGCGGAGGGCAAAGAUUGCGCCGCGAAUGGUACAGAGAAAAUGGGAUUUCGUUGUUCCUCAACACGGAAAUAGUCCGAGCAGAUCUUGCUUCAAAAACUCUCACCACUGCAAAUGGAAGAACCAUCAAGUACCAGAUUCUGAUCAUUGGCACUGGCUCCACUGUCUUAAAGUUAUCGGAUUUCGGUGUAGAAGAAAAUGUGAAGAACAUCUUCUACUUGAGAGAAAUUAGUGAUGCUGAUAAGCUAAUAGAGGCUAUCAAAACAAAGAGAAAAGGAAAAGCAGUGAUUGUUGGAGGAGGCUACAUUGGCCUUGAAGUUGCAGCAGCCAUGAGAAUCAACAAUUUCGAUGUCACCAUGGUUUAUCCCGAAAAAUGGUGCCUGCCUAGGCUUUUCACCCCGAAGAUAGCCUCUUUCUACGAAAAUUACUACGACAAGAAAGGAGUAAAGAUUGUAAAGGGCACGACCGUGAUCGGGUUCAACGCGAACUCGAGCAACGGAGAAGUAAAAGAAGUGAGGCUCAAGGAUGGUAAGGUGUUGCAGGCGGAUAUUGUUGUUGCUGGAGUUGGUGCAAGGCCUCUAACUUCAUUGUUCAAAGGACAAGUUGAGGAGGAAAAAGGAGGGAUUAAGACUGAUGGGUUUUUCCGAACAAGCGUUUCGGAUGUGUAUGCGGUCGGGGAUGUGGCCGCUUUUCCAUUAAAAAUGUGCAAUGAGAUGAGGAGACUUGAGCAUGUCGACCAUGCUAGGAAGUCAGCAGAGCAGGCUGUGAGGGACAUAAAAGCAAGUGAAAAUGGUGAGCUUAUUGAAGAGUAUGAUUAUCUCCCAUAUUUCUAUUCAAGGGUGUUUGAUUUGUCAUGGAAGUUUUAUGGGGAAAAUGUGGGUGACACUGUGAUUUUUGGGGAUUAUAAUCCAUUAUCUAAAGAACCCAAGUUUGGAACCUAUUGGAUUCACAAGGGAAAAAUUAAGGGAGUUUUCUUGGAAGGAGGAAAUGCUGAAGAAAGUGAGGCCAUUGCCAAAGUUGCUAGGGCCCAACCUUCAGCUGGGAAUUUGGAGGAAUUAGCUAAGGAAGGUCUUUCCUUUGCCUUGAAGAUGCGAAAAUAAAGUUCACUUUUACAAGCUUCAUGGAGUGAAAUUGGUUUGUUGUGUGUAAAAUUGAUGGUUGAAGC